GUGCUGCCGAGGGGCGAGGACUCGGGCCCGCCCUCCUGCGCUCUCCCGGCUCCCGAUCCGCUCCCGAGGCCGCUGUGCGGAGCCUUCCCGCGGCCGCUUUCCCCGGCCGGCCGCCACCAUCGCCUCCGCCGACAGCCCUGCUCCCCCCGUGUCCCUGAUCAGCUUCCCGGGGUCCCGAAGUCAUUCCUCAUCUCUCACUCCCCAUAUCAAACCUCAGAAUGGAGAAAGGCCUUAUGAGUGCCAGGAAUGUGGGAAAGCCUUUGUUAGUGCAUCGCGCCUAGUGAAACAUAUGAGAACUCACAGAAGGAAGAAGCCUUACAUAUGCAAGGAAUGUGGAAAAGCUUUUAGUCAGUCCUCAUAUCUCAAUGAACACAUAAGAACACAUAGUGGAGAGAGACCUUAUGAAUGUAAGGAAUGUGGCAAAGCGUUUAGUUUUUCUUCAUACCUGACGAAGCAUAUAAGAACUCACAGUGGAGAGAGGCCUUAUGUAUGCAAGCAGUGUGGGAAAGCUUUUAAAUGCUCCUCAAACCUCACCAAGCAUAUACGAACCCACAGUGGAGAGAGGCCGUAUGAAUGUAAGGAAUGUGGAAAAACCUUUAAGUUUUCUUCAGGCCUGUAUAUACAUUCAAGAACUCACACUGGAGAGAAACCAUAUGUAUGUCAGGAAUGUGGGAAAGCAUUUAGUCGAUCCUCUUCUCUGACUACACACAUACGAAUUCACAGUGGAGAGAGGCCAUAUGAAUGUAGGGAAUGUGGGAAAGCCUUUAGUCAGUCAGCACACCUCACUAGUCACAUAAGAACUCAUAACGGAGAGGUGCGCCUUGAGUCCUGUGACCUGGCUGCAUGGAUGGGGACGUCAAGAUGA